GCACUCAAUCGCCUUCUAAUCCCCUUCACAAUUAACAAAAUUAGGGUUAGGGUUUUACAGUUCUGUCAUGGCUUCCGAAGAGAUCGCUUUAGUCCUAUCACACCGUUCCGACAACAACCACCCUCAAUUCCUAUUCCAAGACGAGUCCAACUUACCGUUCCGAUGUAACCCACCGCAGCACCACCAACAGCAGCGCCACACUUCCGGUCAUCAUCCUGCCGGACAUACGACUAACAACAAGACUACCCGUGAGCUUACGGGCUUCAUCGAACAUCAAAAUCGACACUAUCAGCCGCAAGCCACAACCGACUUCCGGCGGAGCAUAUGCGACGCUGCCCCGGCAUACCACCGUGGUAUCCAGGAUUGGGAUAUCAGAAAUGGGCGGGAUUCUAGUUCUCCCAGCGGAGAUGGAUCGGAUAGUGAUGAUGAUGGAGAUGGAGAUGACGACGAGAUGGAUGAUGGGGAUGGAGAUGGAGAUGAUCACGUGGUUGGACUUGUAAAUAGCAGUAAUGAUAUAAAAAAUGCUCGCAAAAGUAAUGUUAGUGGGCACAGCAGCUGUGUGAAAAAUGGGAAUGGGAAAAGGACCCAUCUCUCCUCAAUUGGUUCCAGUAGUGAAGUGAUGAAAGAAGGAAUAGUAAUUCAAAAUCAUCAGCAAACACAAUUAUGCCAGUACCAGAACGCUAUUACAGUUGCUGACCCUAAUGGUGAAUUGUACUACUCUCAGUAUCUUCGUGGGGCUGAGGGUUCAGGAGCAGGGCUUAAAGAUAUGCUGGUUGAAAAUGGGUGUGGGUUUAGUGGAAGAAAGGAUAUUUCUAAUUCAGGUGGAUCGGGGGAGUCUUUAAGGGCGAUACUGUCGGAUCCUUUGACAGGAGGUCUGAUGGAUGAUGCUAUGAUAUUGCCUUGUGGGCAUUCUUUUGGUAGCGGUGGAAUGCAGCAUGUUAUGAGGAUGAAAGCCUGCUACACUUGUUCACACAUGGUGUCGGAAGGUUCCGUCACUCCAAAUCUAUCUCUGCGAUCUGCUGUUCUUGCAUUCCGUAGGGAAGAAGAGUUGCAGACUCACCGUGCCUCCAAAAGAAGAAAUAGAUUAGAGCAGGAUAAAAGUAAUUAUGGUGAUUCAACACUCAUGGACCAAUCGAAGGGCAGAGGUGUUCAAUUUCCCUUUUUUGUCACUGACCGUGUUAUCAUCAAGGGUAAUAAGAGGACGCCUCCACGUUUUGUUGGUCGUGAAGCUGUUGUAACAACUCAAUGCUUAAACGGGUGGUACGUGGUGAAGACAUUGGAUAACGCGGAGAGUGUUAAAUUGCAGUAUCGGUCUCUAGCCAAGGUAGAAGAUGCUCGGCCCUUAGAGGUCGGUUCGAGUAAGAUGACACCACCCAAUUGGCUCUAACAACCCUAACUCACAAUGGGUACAUGUGGUUGGUUAUCAGUCCUUUUUAGGUGUAAAUAUACAGAGUCAUGUAGAUGUGGUAUGGGAUGAAAAAGAUGAAAUUGGCAGAGGUAAAAUUGAUGGUUUGAAGGCAUUUUGCCUUUUCUAGUUUAAACAAGUAUAUAAUUUUUCUUUG